AUGUACCUGGAGGCGAGUAUUAAUUACGAGACGAAGUGGGCGGGUUACUUUUCUUGGCUUGUGUUUGGGAAAACCAAGGACGGUUUCCCGUACGUGAAGUGCAGCAUCUGCAUGUCGUACGGUAAGGGGAACACGAGGUACGCCAUGCAGGGAGACAACGGAGGCCGUGACUUGCAGACGCAGUCGUUCCGGGCGCACGAGCAUACGGACGCACACAUGGCGGCGGUGGACCGCCAGAUGAAGAUUGCGGCGGGAAUCCGCGAGGGGCAGCAGGUGAUUUCAGACUUCAUCAACUCCGACGCCGAGGGCCGCCGCGCGAUACGGCUGAUGCGGUCGACUCAGUUCCUGUGCCAGUGCGACGCGCCGAUUAGCAUGUUUCCUAAGCUGAUGCGGCAUCUUGCGGAGCAGGACACGCCAGACAUUCCCCGGCAGUCGUACGGCGUUUAUCUCACGCGUGAGGCGUUGGCUGUGAAGGACGCCGCUGACUCAAACUCGGAUCUCGGCAUGAUCGACAAGGUGGUGCGCACUGUGGCGACUCUGCUCGGAAACUCCAGCGUGUGGAGUCAGCGGUUCAAGUACCUGCAGCGUGUGAUUUACAAGACCAACCUGGAAGUCCAAGGCAUCCACACGGUGUGGUGGCUGUCUCGAGGAGAUGCGGUAGCCAGGCUGUGCAAGGUCCUCGGCGCUUGCAUCGUGCUGCUCUGGGAGCACAAUCACAAGGCGUACGAGAUUGUCACCUGCUACAAGUUUCAGUUCUGCUUGUUUUUCUUGGCCGCCAUCUUGGCGGACAUGAACGACCUCAACCGCUGCUUCCAGAGACGAGAGCUGGACGUGACUGAGAUUGCGAAGACGAUCGAGUCCACAACGAGUGACCUGACGGAGCGCUACUUGACGCCAGAGAAAGCUUUCGGGGGCGAAGGGAAGAGCUGGCUGGUGAACUUCCUCAAAGUCCACAAGGAGGGUGGAGGCAAGCAGGUCCGGGUGCGCGGCGUGGACGGUGCUGGACGCCCGAUCAACCACCUGUACACCAUGCAUGAGCGGAAGCUGAAGGGGCACAAACACGGAAGCACCUACGCAGACUGCGUGAAGCUGUGCCGCAAAUUCGCCCGUGACUGCGUGGACAACCUCAACAACCGACUGGAUGACCUUGGGAAGCUGGGGCCGACGAAGCUGUUCCGGGCGGGGAAGUGGCCGAAGAUCAAGGCCCAGCGAGAGAAGAAGUGUAAGGAGUGGCUGAACGGAUGCAGCAGGCUGUUCCGCAACAAGCUGCCGGGAUUCGACCUCAAAGCAGCAGAGAGGGAGCUUCCAACCUUCUGCGCGAUCAUGGAGGCACACCAUGAGAUGGAGAGCUUCACCCAGGGCAUGUCCAACUUCCUUGGGAGCGCAGACUCCAAGAGCUUGAAGCUGGCUGUGGCAGAGAGGGAGAGGAGGGGGAAGCAGAAGGAGGGUGAAGAUGUGGCUGCUGGAAAUGCCGGGGAGAAUGAGGAUGAGGAGGAGGAGGAGGAGGACGAUGAAGUGGAACAGGCCUUCGGCGACGAUCAGGAGAUCGUGGGGGAGGAGGAAGCGGAGGACAAUCCAUUCCUGUCGGACGAUGAGGAUGUGGAGGAGGUGUACUUCAUAGACAAGCCCGUGCACUAG